AUGGCUAAAGCGUGUGAUUCUGGAUCCAAGAUUGAAACUUUGGUGAUUUUUGACAUUGAAGCGACGGGACUUCCCAGUCCUAGCUCACCACCCAAGAUAACGGAAUUUUCUAUGGUUGCUGUUAAUCGAAAUGAAUUGUUAUCACCGAAUGGAAAACCAAGAGUAAUUAAUAAACUGCAGAUAUGUGUGAAUCCAAUGAAACCUAUUCCACAAAUUGUUAGCGAAUUGACAGGUAAGCCUAGACAUUUUUUAUACUUUAAAAAUCAGCCUGUAUUUAAUACCGAACUUGUCUGUAUAAUCAACGGAUUUCUAAACCGCUUACCUCAACCAGUUUGUCUCGUAGCUCACAGCGGACAUGGUUUUGAUUUUCCUCUGCUGAAGGCAGAGCUUGAACGUGUUGGUGGUGCACUCAAAGAUCAUGUUACUUGUACAGACUCUCUCAUCGCUUUCCGGGAUCUUGCUGGAGAAGAACCAUGGGAGAGCCAUAAACCUUUUUUACUGAACUCUAAUGCUUCUACAUCAACCAAACGAUUAUCAUACAGUUUAGUGAAUUUGUAUACGCGGGUGUUUGGUUGCUGUCCAGAGUUCUCGCAUACGUCGGAAGAUGAUUGUAUGACAUUGUUGGCUUUAAUUCAAAAGCAUUCGCCACAAGUUUUAUAUUGGAUAGAUUCAAAUCAUAUACCGUUCAAAGAUGUUAAAGCCAUGCACUGACCACAGAUUUUCACUAUAAACUUAUUUAUGCUAAUUGUUAAGAAUUAUUUUUGUUAGUAAUAUAUUAAGGACGGUUUUAAUUUUAUGAGUAGUUUUUACUUUAGAAAACUUUUAUUAAAUGAUAAUGAAAUUAUGAAAACAAAAUUAGUAGAAUGAACAUGAUAUGAAAUUCCACAAAACUCACAACUUCCAGAGACAUCAAUCAGUUCGUAGUUAUCGUGUUUUUAUAAGAUAUUUAAUCGUUUGCUCCCCAACCGCCAUCUUCAUAAUGGUCUAGGUAUUAUAAACUUCGUCUUAUUCGCGAUAUACCUUGACCAUGUGAUGUGAAGAUGUCCAACCGUUAAGACUUGGCUUAAUUCUAUAAUACAAUUACCGAGACCUAUUGUUCUAUGCCCCGUGGUAAAAUAACAUUAAGAAUGGAAUAUAUAUUUUGUUAGAUUUUCAUUUAGAAUUCAUUCUUUUAAUUUCCCCCAAUAAUGAAUAUCACAAUAGAAUGAAACAAUGAAAUAUAUAAUUAUACAAAAGGAAAUCGAAUGACAAUCAUAUACAAAGGAAGUUAAUUUCAAUAGAUCGGGAUUUGUCAAGGUGUUACGUCUUUAUCUUAUAUACAUUUACUGCAAUAGCCCACUUUCUUGUUUCGCGGUCAGCAUUUUGAUUGGAUUGUUCGCUGGCCAAUACAGCCAAUCUGAAUUAGAGCCCUUAAUUUCCUGUUUAGGACCUAAUUAUUUUUUACAGUCUCUCUGUAGAAGGCUCAGAUUGUAUACAACCCAAUUAAAUUGCUGCAUUCACAAACAAGAAAGUUUGCCGCUGCAGUCAAGGUACAAGAUGAAGACUUAAUACCUUAACUCUUGUGAAGAUGGGGAAUUUAUAUGCCGAGACAAUGACUGAGAAGUCGUGCUGAAGAUUCUGUAUAAAUGCUAUGACAAUAUCAAUUUUAAGACAGUGUCAUAUUGUUAUAGGUUUCCAGACAUACUUUAAUAUAUUUAUUAUGUCUAUACACCAUAAUUUUGAUAUAUUUGUAUAUAUAUUAUAUUUAUGAUAAGAUAUAACUAAUUAUUGUUAUUUUGUUAUAUUAUAUUGUCUCUGAUUCUAAAUAAAUAAUACCCUCUU